CAGGCAGCAGGCAGCAGUAGCUAGAAGCCAUUUCUUUGAUCUUUCUCUCUUUCUUUUCUUUCAAGUCUCAAGUCUGUCUGAACUCUGAAGCCUCAAAAAUAAAAAACCGAAAAACACCUGAAAGUGAAAGUGAAAGUGAAAGUCACCGGCAUGUCAUUUUCGGUGACUCUACCACCUCCCUCUGUCUCCUCUUUCCCUCACCCCAAACAACGUUCUUCAUACUUGGAAAACAAUUUCCCUCUGAAUUUCAAAUCCAACCUCCAACAAUUCCAAACACUCUCUCGCUUUCAUCUUCAAACCCAAGUUUCUAGAAGAACCCAAAAUUUCCCUCGUGAAGCUCCAAUAGACGAACCUCGCAAUUGGCUCGACCCUGUUGACGACGAAGAUGACGUCGAUGAAGACGAAGAUGGAGACGAAGAAGAUGAAGAUGAAGAUAGGAGUUUAGAUCUUCUUGUACGCUUCCUUCAGAACGUGUUCAAGAAGAUCUCCAGGCGUGCCCGCAAGGCCGUACGAUCGGUUCUUCCUGUUUCUAUACCUACCAAGCUGGUGGGGUUUUCUGUUAAUGGAGUUUUGGUGCUUGCGUUUUUGUGGGUUUUGAAGGCUUUUAUUGAGGUUAUUUGCACCCUUGGAAGUGUAGUGUUUGUAAGCAUCUUACUUAUUCGGGGGAUAUGGACUGGGGUAAAUUAUUUACAAGAAAGCCGCAACCCGAGGAUAAAUAAAUUUGAUGAUGAUCACCGUGCAUGGAGUGGUACACAGCCUGCAGGUUGACUUGUCCUUUCCAGAAUUAAAACUGUUUCAAGAAUAUUGCACCAUACAAGAAUAGUGGCAUCCUAGAUAGUUAUAACAGGAAAAAUCAAGGAUGGUGAGAUGGCAGCAGAAUAAAUCUCUCAUAGAAAUAACCACCAUUGCAGUUUUUAUGAAUAUGAUGGUGUCCAUCAGGAAGAUCCAGGAGCAAAUUUCUUUUUUUAUGGGAUAUGUUUUUUAUGAUAUUGAUGGAAUAGGUGAAGAAUCAGAGAUGUGAAAAGCUUUAGUUAUAUGUAUAAUGUAUGGGUGCUAGGCAAUCCUCUAGCAUCAUCAAACAUCUGAUAUACAUUUAUUCUAUUCUCAUUAAGCUUGAUCUUUGUCA